GGCUCCGGGAUCCCUCGGAGCCUCGGACAGCCCGGCUACUGUUUCUCCAUCUCCCUCUCGGACGCUCCCUAACGCGGCGGGGACGCGCAGGGUGAAAAUGGUUCACCAUUCAGGCUCGAUUCAGUCCUUUAAACAGCAAAAAGGUAUGAAUAUAAGCAAGAGUGAGAUAACGAAAGAAACGUCACUAAAACCAUCCCGGAGAUCUCUGCCUUGCCUUGUCCACAGCUACGCAUACUCAAAGAGUUUAAGCCAAUCUACCUCUCUGUUCCAGUCGAUUGAGAGUGAAUCUCAGCCUCCCACCUCUGUGACCUUAAUCUCUGCUGACAAAGUAGAGCAAGUUAACAGUGAGGAGAAUAAAAAAGACUCUGUGCUCACAUGUUCUUUUGCUGACCUCAGCGAUUUUUGCUUAG